AUGAGCAGCCUAAAGAGAAGAGCACCUAUAGACGAACAAGAAGAUGAAAAACCACUGAAGAGAUCACAUAAGCAAACAGAAGAAGAAGAAGAACAAGAUUCAGACGAUGGUCUUCAAGAAGUAGUCGAUGUCGAUUUUGACUUUUAUAAUCCAGACGAAAUAGACUUUCACGCCUUAAAGAAGCUGCUUACUCAACUCUUUUCUUCUGAUGCUGAGCUCAUCAAUCUGAGUGACCUUGCUGACAUCUUGAUUGAAGAAAAUCACGUUGGAACAACAGUCAAAGUAGACGAUCAAAAAUCAGAUCCAUACGCUAUUCUUAGUGUCAUCAACCUUCAACAGCAAAAGGACAAAGAAGGCAUUCAACAGCUAUGCAGUUACUUACUCAACAAGUGUCCAAAGAAGAACGAACCCUUACAUCAGGCAGUGAGCGAGAUACUGAAUCAUAAACAGGUCGGUUGGGUUGUGUCUGAAAGAUUCAUCAAUAUGCCAGUAGAAAUCAUGCCUCCUAUGUAUGCUAUGCUUCAAGAAGAGACAAAAAAGGCAGUACAACAGAAUGAGCCCUAUUCAUUUGAAUGGUACAUGUUUAUUUCAAAAACCUAUAGAGAAGUUGCUUCUUCCAUAGAUGACGAAGAAGAAGGAGAAGGAGAAAAGGCUGGCAGCAGUAAAAAGCCAGUCAAUAACGAAACCUUUUAUUUCCAAUCUGAAGAUGAGAUCAUUGCUAAUUAUGCAGAGUAUCAGUUCGAUUAUACAUUUACAAACAGUGAAAAGGAACAGGCUGCAGAUUCUAGACGAGCAUUCUCUGACUUUGGCAUUCAACCCGCUCGCAGGCUAUUGUUUGUACAUCAAUCCAAGUUUGAUGAUCUGGUAGCCGAAAUAUCAAAGACGUGCUCCUCAACAGUACCUCAAUAA